UGUUAACUGAGUAACGCUAGGUGAAUGUGACGCCGUCCACACAUUUACACGCGUCUAAACUGCAGGGGUCACUGGAGGCGGAGGAUGGUGACGGUAUGCCCAAGUCUGAGAAGAUAAGAGAAUGUGGCCGGUUCGACUUCAAGGACGGAUUCAAGUACUCGGGGGAGGUGGAUGGGGAGGAGAUGAUGGCCCAUGGCCAUGGGGUCCUUAUCGGCCCCAGUGGAACAUACGCCGGGGUCUGGAGCCAAGGAAUGCAGACAGUUGGUGUCUACACUUGGUAUGUCGGGGCGAAAUACGAGGGUACUUGGGAGAAGGGCAAACGGCACGGCUACGGCGUCGAGAGAAGAGCAAGGUGGGUGUAUGAAGGAGAAUGGAAGGACGAUAAGAAGACUGGGUAUGGGGUACUGAGGUCACACAGAGGAGCCACGUUCGAGGGGACCUGGUUAGAGAGCACUCAGGAUGGGUACGGGGUCGAGACCUACGCAGACGGAGGAUUCUACAUAGGGCAGUGGUACAGAGGCAUGAGACAGGGAUACGGGGUGAGGGUGGUAAACCCAAAGAUCACACCUCGAGACAUGUUGAACAUCAUCUCGACCCUGGCACAAGCUCAACAUGGUCUGGGGGUCCAGGACAAGAAGAGUGUGUGGAACAUCAAGAAUUUUCCUCUUCAGAAUAACACCGAGGAAGCUGGAGUCCCUCAGAUCAGAGUAAGUGUUGAUCAUGAUGACCAUGAAGAAGACGAUAGGUUCGAGAGCGAAAAACCUGAGAAGCAGAGAAUUCAGAACAACGGCACCAAACAUCCGCCACCUAUGGAGGUAUACCGCGGAGAAUGGAAAAAUGAUAAGCGUAGUGGUUAUGGAGUUCUCGAAACCUGUACUGGAAUGAAGUACGAAGGAGAGUGGCUCAAUAAUUUCCGUUCUGGUUAUGGUGUUUUGAAUCACAAGGACGGUCGCCAAGAAAGUGGAAAAUGGAAGCAGAACAGACGACAGUUUGUAAAGAAGCACUGCUGGUCAUCAACCGUUAAAAGUUUUAGUGUUGAGGUACAGCGUGCGAUGCAGGCAGCUACCCAUGCUGGUAAGGAAGCAGAACGGAAGUCUCUGACGGCCCUGCAGAGGAUAGAGGGAGCCAGACGGGAGGGAGAAAGUGCUCGACUAGCACUCGAACAGGCUCGUCAGCAUUGUAAGCUCGCUAAACAGAAGGCCAAGUCAGCAGCUCAAAAACCACUUCGUCGCAAGGGAGUUCGCCGAGGAUUCAGGUUUUGUUCAGAUGAUAGUAAUAGUAAUGACAGUGACUCUAGAUCCAGGAUACCGUCUAAUUCGUCCGUAUCAGCAGAUGAAUCGCCGGAGGAUCUCCCAGAGGUCAAGCCCAAGAAGACUCACCCCGAUAACUUGUCACGAAUCACAGAGCAAAACAGUUUCGACCACUCCGACUACCACUCGGGUCCGGAGGAUGGUGACCAGGAGAAUAAUCUGCCUCACAUAAUACCUGAGAUGGAACACCGAACUGAGGCUGCCUCGAUCAAACUCCCAGCUAUAGACGAGAGUAGUGAGUGUGGGUCCACUCGUUCUUACUCCUCGUUCGUAUACAGGAAUGUAGAAAAGAGCAUCUGCGGUGCUGCUAAGACACCCGUGUUGAUAUCGCCUCUAGCCCGGAAUAUAGUGCAGCUCAGAGAGGUUAAAAUGUCGAGGAGUGGAGCAGGGACCCCUUGUAGACCUGGCAGUACCACCUCCAGUGUGGCCAGCAGCUGUCCUUCUCGACCUCUCCACUCUAAAUCUCACCAAGCCCUACUCGGCCUGUCUCCCAAUGAGACUGCUCAGUUGGAGAGAAUGGAUAGCGUGGAAAUUUGAACGGAAGGUUUGAUUGGCUUGGGAUUUGAAGCUGAACGUUAAAUUCCAAGCUGGAAAGUGAUACGAAUUCGAUUUUUGUCGGUCAGGGAGCUGUGCAAGGGUCGAAAUAUUUUCAAACGGCUCCGGUUGGAAGCCUUGUGGCAACUAUUACAAGAUUGUGAAGACACAGCUGUAACCUACGUGAUGACUUCCCGCCAUUUCUAUCAUCAAAACAGAACAUAUUGAAGAAGCAAUGGAACUGGGAGCGUCUCUUUGAGAAUACAUGCUUAAGUUGUUGAACUUUUGACCAUCAGAGUUUGGGUACUUAAGCGAGCUUUAUUGACAACUCAUCGACUGUAAAACCCGUGUGUCACUGUUGUCCACGCUGUCGUUUUACCAAUUCUCUCAAAACAUAAACUGGAUGCUGCUUCGUGCUUGCUGACUGUUUAUUUAGAAAAGAGUCUACAAUAUAGACGACAUUAUUACCUCCGCUGUUAAAAAAUUGUGACCUGAUCAGAUUGUGUAUCUGAUUUCGUGUUCAUAUUCGAAUUCGGGCAGUGUUCCUGCCUCUUGAGUUUUUUAAGAUAUUAUCAUGACAAAUUAUAAUCAAACUAUUUAUUGAAUGUAUAUUAAGACAUUGUUU